AUGCCUCCUGCUGCGAAACGAGCGUUUGGAAACAAUGCACGUGGGCCGCAGGUGGCGGCACGUGAGGCGCAUGGGUUCGGCAGCGGCGCUAUGGUGACGUGGGUGGAGUGGCGCGGCCUAACUCAGACUGAUGACCGGCUAAGUGCCGGGCCCAUCACGGCGCAGGCACGGACGCAGGCAUUUCUCCAGGACGGCCAUUCUUCUCCGGGCCCCGGGGACGUGUCACAGGGGUACCAGCUGCAGGUGCACAACGUGUUCUGCAUCCGCGGCAACGUGGCGGUGCUGACGUGCAACAUCCCGGCGCAGGUCCGCGGCCUGCUCACCGUCACCAGCUGGCUCAAGGACGAACCCCUGCUCGGCCGAUCGGCGCUUCACCCCGGCGGCAGGUACACUCCGACGACGGGCGGCACGCUGCACGUGCGCGACACAGCGCCAGAGGACACGUACUCGCGCUUCUACUGCCAGACGGUGCACCAGCUGACGGGGGAGCGGCGCAUCAGCAUGCCGGGGCAGAUCAUCGUCACUGAGCCGGACGGCAACAUGCAGCCCCGCAUCGAGCACUCGGCGGCCAGCGUGGUGGCGCGCGCCGGCAGCCCGGCGGACCUGGUGUGUGCCGCCCAGGGCUUCCCCCCGCCCACAUACAGGUGGUUCCGGGAGACGGGAGGUGCGCUGACAGAGGUCCGCGCCCAGGGGCUGGUGCGCCCCCUGCACAGCGUGCUGCAGUUUCCGCGCGUGCAGCCGGAGGACUCUGCGCGCUACGUGUGCGUCGCCACCAACAGCGUGGGCGAGGACCGCCGCCAGAUCAUGCUCAGCGUCUCCACACCGCUCACCGCGCACAUCCGCCCUCAGCAGCAGGUGGUGGACGCUGGCGCGCGAGCCUCCUUCAAUUGCUCCGUGCGCGGCGGCGGCGGCGACGGCAGCGGCCUGCACGUGGCUUGGCUCAAGGAUGGUCGCCCGCUGGCGGAGGGCGCCGGCGUCAACGUGCUACACGGUGGAGAGGUGCUGGUUAUCGAGUCCGUGGGCAAACACGAUCGCGGCAUGUACCAGUGUGUCGCGCGCUCCGGCGACGAGAGCGCGCAGGGCAGCGCCGAGCUCACCCUCGGAGCGGUGGCGCCGGAGCUGCAGUGGACGUUCAUCGAGCAGACGCUGCAGCCGGGGCCCGGCGUGUCGCUGCGCUGCGUGGCCUCGGGCAACCCGCCGCCGCGCGUGCACUGGCUGCUGGACGGCGCCGAGCUGAGCCCGCGCGCGGGGCUCGUCAUGGGCAGCGCGCUCGACGCCCAGGGCGACGUCGUCGCGCAGCUCAACAUCUCGAGCGCGCGCGUCGCCCACGGCGGCCUCUACACCUGCGUCGCGCGCAACGACCUCGGCUCCGCCCAGCACUCCGCCACGCUCAACGUGUACGGUCAGUACGCAUUCUCUCCAUCCGCUUCCAACUCUUAUUUCUAA